GUAGUAUUAGUGCUGAGGUGGAGGGUGACAAAGUCAACAUGCAACCGCCCAUUUCGGAUUUCGACAUAAUCAGCAUCUAUGCGGAUAUAUCAAAGUUGAGCGUUAUAGAGCGCUAUCUGAAUAUGUUAUAUCGUCCCUCCACUUGCUUUAUGCGCUUGAACUGCUACUUUAAGCUCUCUGAACUGGAAUGCUUUUUGGCGGACACACUCUAUGAGCCGGAAAAGCACACGGCCCUGUUCAUACGGCACACGGAGCCGCCGUGCAGCCUACGACUCUACGAUAAUGGCCACAUCUGCUGCCAGGCCUAUUCGUACAAAAGCGCUGCUCUGGGCAUACAUCGUUUCAUUGAUACCAUGGAGCAUCUGGGCUAUUCGCCCGUGUUUCAGAAUCCCCGAUUCAAUGUGGUCAAUGCGACGUUCUGUAUGCCGUUCGGGAUCGAUUUGACAAUCCUGUGCAUAGAGUACUGUGAGGACUGCGACUACAUGCCAGAAGCACACCCAUAUCUAAUAUUCAAGAUGCGCAACUCAUCCACUAAGCUGGCCAUCUUUAACAACGGCUGUGUCUACGUGAUGUUAUCGUCGACGCCGCGCCACACCCAGCAGGCAAUCGCCUAUAUAAUGCCCAUUCUGUUCCGGCAUAAAGAUACUGAAAAACCUGAGGAUCCAGAGCUGCGUAUCGGCGACAUUAAUUUCAAAUUGCUCUGGGAAAAUGAAUUCCAGAGGCAAUACCAAAACUCUGUCAACUAUUCCAGAUGAGCAACAAUGUUGAUGUUAGCUCUUUUCCCACAACUUCUUCUUCUUAUUGUUUCUCUUGUUGUUGGCCAACUUUUAUUUUUGAUACAUGAAUAUAAAACUUUCUAUAUCCGGUAUAUGCUCAUAAAUGUCGAAAUGCACCGCCCGGAGUAGAGGAAACUUUUUUUGGCUUAGUUAUUUAAAUGACAAGAGCCGUUGCGCCAACACACACGCAAAUUAUUUAAAUAUGUA